CGAGCUCCCGGAAACUACCUCGGGUCCUCAGGUCAUAUCUGCAAUGAAGGCCUUGGGCUGCCUCUUCGUCUUGUCCCUAGCGACGGCGCUGAAGGUGCAACGUGAUGUGGAGGAGCCAUUGAAGCCUUGCAAGGGCAAGGAGGUGACAGCCAUGGGCAAGAAGUGGAAGUGCGAUGGACUAUCCUUGGAAGAUUGCCCCAACAGCUAUACCAGCUCCGGGCAGAAUACCUUCUUCCAAUGUGGUAUCAGCGGGCUCCAAUGCCUCACAACAGGGCCGCAGUGCAAGGUGGCUACUACUACGAUUACUACUACGAUUACUACUACGAUUACUACUACGAUUACUACUACUACGAGUACUACUACGAGUACUACUACGAUUAAGGCACCCUCAUGUAAGGCCCUCUAUGACUCUGGUGUGAGAGAGGAUGGGGCUUAUCCUAUCUCACUCACCACCCCAGAUGGCCCCACCACAAAGAAGCUCUAUUGCGACAUGAGAAAUGGCGGCUGGACCUUGAUUGGGCAGGUGGCUGGCAAAGCUGCCAUGUAUGACGGAUGGGUGAGGGCCUUCAAGAACGAGCAAAACUUGGAGACUCCGCAGAUCACUUCAGCCACUUGGGCCAGCAUCCCUGCCGUGGAUUUGGCGGUGAACCAUGCUACCCAAGUUCGCCUCAGCAACGAGGAUAUCUCCAAGUGGGUGAAGUGGGAGAUGGACACCAGCCGCACGGUGGAGACAUGGUGGAAUCGUGGUGAUGGCCAGAGUUCCAUCAAUCAAGCCACAGAUCAUGCGGUCAAAGUCUACAAUCAAGAUGGUGGUUCCAGCAACUGCUACCAGAACAAGUACGGCAUCAUGCAGAUCAGUGCGCACGGGGGCUCCUACCCAUCCGCACAGGUCAAUGGGGCAGGGAACACCUCCCCAGGGGACAACUGCAUGUCCGUGGGCGUGCAGCCGUCUGGAACCCAUGACGGAUACUCCCAGAACGGCAACGGCUACGACCAACCGGAUUCCAACAGCGAUUGGCCCAAUGGGGACUACCAAAGCCCACCCUUUGUGAAUGUCUGGGUCGGCGGAGCAGUUGCGCCCGCCGCAUCCUCGUGCAAGGCCCUCUAUGACUCUGGUGUGAAAGAGGAUGGAGCUUAUCCCAUCUCACUCACCACCCCAGAUGGUCCCACCACGAAGAAGCUCUAUUGCGACAUGAAAAAUGGCGGCUGGACCUUGAUUGGGCAGGUGGCUGGCAAAGCUGCCAUGUAUGACGGAUGGUUGAGGGCCUUCAAGAACGAGCAAAACUUGGAGACUCCGCAGAUCACUUCAGCCACUUGGGCCAGCAUCCCUGCCGUGGAUUUGGCGGUGAACCAUGCUACCCAAGUUCGCCUCAGCAACGAGGAUAUCUCCAAGUGGGUGAAGUGGGAGAUGGACACCAGCCGAACGGUGGAGACAUGGUGGAAUCGUGGUGAUGGCCAGAGUUCCAUCAAUCAAGCCACGGAUCAUGCGGUCAAAGUCUACAAUCAAUAUGGUGGUUCCAGCAACUGCUACCAGAACAAGUACGGCAUCAUGCAGAUCAGUGCGCACGGGGGCUCCUACCCAUCCGCACAGGUCAAUGGGGCAGGGAACACCUCCCCAGGGGACAACUGCAUGUCCGUGGGCGUGCAGCCGUCUGGAACCCAUGACGGAUACUCCCAGAACGGCAACGGCUACGACCAACCGGAUUCCAACAGCGAUUGGCCCAAUGGGGACUACCGAAGCCCACCCUUUGUGAAUGUCUGGGUCGGCGGAGCAGAUGCGGCGCCCGCUGCACCCUCGUGCAAGGCCCUCUAUGACUCUGGUGUGAAAGAGGAUGGGGCUUAUCCCAUCUCACUCACCACCCCAGAUGGUCCCACCACGAAGAAGCUCUAUUGCGACAUGAAAAAUGGCGGCUGGACCUUGAUUGGGCAGGUGGCUGGCAAAGCUGCCAUGUAUGACAGAUGGUUGAGGGCCUUCAAGAACGAGCAAAACUUGGAGACUCCGCAGAUCACUUCAGCCACUUGGGCCAGCAUCCCUGCCGUGGAUUUGGCGGUGAACCAUGCUACCCAAGUUCGCCUCAGCAACGAGGAUAUCUCCAAGUGGGUGAAGUGGGAGAUGGACACCAGCCGCACGGUGGAGACAUGGUGGAAUCGUGGUGAUGGCCAGAGUUCCAUCAAUCAAGCCACAGAUCAUGCGGUCAAAGUCUACAAUCAAGAUGGUGGUUUGAGCAACUGCUACCAGAACAAGUACGGCAUCUUGCAGAUCAGGGAGGGCGGGGGCUCCUACCCAUCCGCACAAGUCAAUGGGGCAGGGAACACCUCCCCAGGGGACAACUGCAUGUCCGUGGGCGUGCAGCCGUCUGGAACCCAUCAUGACGGAUACUCCCACAACGGCAACGGCUACGACCAACCGGAUUCCAACAGCGAUUGGCCCAAUGGGGACUACCAAAGCCCACCCUUUGUGAAUGUCUGGGUCGGCGGAGCAG